AUGGGCAAGAAGGGCAAGAAUAAGAACGCCCCCGGCGCCGAUGGGUUGGCCAAUGCAAACAAGAUAAAGAAGGAACGGGGCGGCAUGAGCGACAAGCAAGGAGAGAGCAAGACCGAAACCUUGGUCGACUUAAAGUCUUCCUCAGCUUGGGAUCGUGAUGAUGCCGAGGACGAUGCAACACGCGAAGCGGAUGACAUUGCCGAAACUUCCGAAGAGCCUAUCGAAUCCACGCCGACUAUAGAACAGACACAGGAGGUAGCUGCAACUGAGCCAGUCAAGAACGACGACCCGCAGGGCGAGCUUCCACAGCAAGAGCCCGAUAUCGCCGAGACUGAGCUACCUUGGACGACAACACCAUCAACGCAAAAGAAGAAGGCGCGAAAGGGACCAGAUUCUGAAGAUGUAUCUAGUGAUGCCCGUCCUAAUAGCAAAGCUCCUACCAACGCAUGGUCCUUUGGUAAGAAAGACAUCACAGAUGUUGCGGAGUCUCAAGAUGCUGGACAGCCCCAAGAUGCCACAAACUCUCAGUAUGAUCUAGGCGAUAAGUUCCAGCAUAUUUCGCUCGGGUCACAGACAUUACAAGAAGACUUGAAAGUAACAGAUGGCGAAGAGAAGCAGGGUACAAUCGUUACAACUGAUAACCUUGUGCGCUACCCAAAGGUCGAGGAUGAAGAAGCGCCUGGGGAUCUUCUUAGCGACGAGUCAUCAGCUCCUCUCGAAGCUCAUCGGACGCUGUCGCCGCCGCCGCCCAAACAAAAGCUUGGAGAAAUCCAUGAGCCUUCCGAGGAUCAGGGGAACAAAGCACGAGCGUCGAUGGAAUUGCCUGCCCAAAAGCCGAAGCACAACGAUCGACUUGGACCACCUAUUCAGGAAAUAGUAAAACAGCCUGCGACUGCGCAACCCCUUUCUGAUAAGCCACAUUUGCUGAGCAAAACUCAGACCUCUAUUCAGGUCCAACACACCCAAAUACCACCACCAGCACAGUUACAGCAGCCUUCCAAGUCCAAGGCACCCACUCAGGUUCAACAUACCCAGACACCACUACCGGCACAGUCCUCCAAGUCCAAGGCGUCCAUUCAGGCUCAGAAACAAUUGCCAGCACAGUCACAAGAGCCUAACAAACCUAAGACUUCUGUUCAAGCUCAAGGCACUCAAACAGAGUCAUGGACACUCCCGUUGGCCCCAGUCAAACCUAAGAAUCCUACCCAAAACCAGGGCACCCAGACAGAGCCAUGGUUUGAGCCACAGCCGCCGGCCCAACCUGAAACUGUAACCCGCGAACAAGGCGCCCAGACACAAGUAUUGUCUUCGUCAGCCCCAGAGCCGAAGUCUCAUGGUAGGGCCGAACCUCCUCUUCGAGAAAUCUUGGAAAAUUCUACCGCUUCGCCGUCAGCUUCCACUGGGCCGCAGAACCAAGGAAGGGGCUUUCCCUAUGGUCGGCCAGUACCGCAGUCUAACGAUCUCGCACAAUCUAGCGAGAACCAGCGAUCGUUGGAACCAGAGCGGAACAACCAUGGCACGGCUAGGUCGACUCAUGUGAAUGGUCCAGCAAACGGAACACCACUCGGAAGAUCCAACGUGCCUGCAACGCCUCCGGUUCGAUCAAGUCCAGAUCCGCGCAAUUCACCUCAACCAAACCCAACCCAAGCGCGACCAGUACAACCAGAUACAUCUCAACCAAUGCCAGCUGACCGGCGCCUGUCCCAACUCAUCAGGAGGGAUUAUCCCAUACUCGGGCCUGACAGUCGGGCAAUACUUUCACGUACACCUGGCUCAGUUGUAGAGCUGUACGCAAAUUAUCGGUACGAUAGAGUCGUGAAAGUUCGCGAACACACCCUUGCGAGGAACACGGAUUACUUCUCUGCAAACGUCAACCGAGAUGCUGGAAGACUAUGGAUUCACUUCGCAGGCGAACAAUUCUCCCACCGAGUGGUCAAUGAAUACGUGCUAUGGCUCGAUCGUGGCGUGCUUCCUACCAUGGCUGCCCUUGGUCGACUCACUCCUUCUACCUCUGACAAGGCUCUCAAGUUCUUGGCUCGCGCAUACAUCUUUGGCGAGGUGAUCGAAGACAGGCGUUGGAUGAACGAUGUCAUGGAUGCGUUCAUCCAUGUGCAUAUCCAUGAUUGGCGCCUCGAGAUAGACGAUGUCAUCUUAUACACGUACGAGUUUUCGAGGUCUAAUUCACGUUUGCGUACGUUUUUGGUGGAUAUGUUCGCGUACCUCUUGCCUCUGGGCGGCAUUCUAAGGGAGCGAUUGGAGGACCUGCCCUUAGGAUAUUUUCACGCUGUACGAUACGAGUUGAGGAAGAGGAAAGAUUGUACGCCCUCGUGCUGGCGGGCCCGUCUCGACCACCCAUCGCAUUACUAUGUUGAUGAAGAGGGAGAGGAUGGGCUUUCAUGGAGACGAGCGCCUGGUUGUGGGCAUGACGAGGCUACAUCGAUGAGGUGAAAUGUCAUGAAUGUUUUGAAACUUUCGAGGGUAGGACAAGUACCUUGUAGUGUGUUAGAGCAGCUGUAAUGGAAGCAUAAAACGGAAUACCAUCUGCUCGUUCUUGCGGUUCCGGUAUGUCAUCCUUUCGUCCCCCGAAGUAUGCAUUGGGACACAUAAAUUUUAUUGAAUGCCGCCAUCGAAUGUGCAGUGCAUACGAGACAUGCAUCAUAUCCUUCCCUUGGGUGCAGGGGUUAGAAGAGUUCACUCCGCUUCCGCUCUACAGUGUCUGGGGAGACCACGAACAUAAGUCGCCGUACUUUCCCCCAGAUGAACGUGUGAGAAGGAAUGUGGAGACCCCACGUUUCUGUCCUG